AUGAUUAAACCCGAACGAAGGAGAUCAUUGUCCAUAAGUAAAUUGUUUUUCGAUGAUGAUUCCAAAAUCAAGGGGUUGUUCCACAAGAAAGAGAAAUAUGAUAACGAGUUUGAGUUUAAAGACUCACCAAUAACAACACCUAAAGAAAUAAGAAUUAUUGACACCACAGAAAGUUCGGUUCCUCUGAACGGACUGACACAUCUGAAACAAAGUUCAAAUCUGAAUGGCUGCCACCUGGUAAAUGGUAAUGGUUUAAAGGGAGAUAACGGAAGCCAGCUUACCAAUCUGAUGGAAGCUCCGCCUAGUAUGUUGAGAAGAUUUGGAAGGAACAGAUCCAAAUCAGUUAUAAAUGAUAUAAUAAAAGAGGACUUAACUGUUUCAUUGAGACAUAAUGAUUCUGUUUUAUCUAUCAGUGAACAGAAAUUACCUCAUAAGAUCAAUUUAUCGACAUCUAGUGAUUUAAAUCAAAGUAAAGUGAGUCAAAUAAGUCAAUCAAAUGAUAAUAAACAAUCGAAUCUUACGGUUCCGAUAGAGAAGAAUCAUUCUAAUCAGUCCAACAUUGAAGAAUUUGAGAAUCCUGCAGGAUCAGGUAGUAUACAAAAAACACUUAGAAGAGUUGCAUCAGCACCAUUAGUUAGACUACUUGAUUCCAAAAAACCGGUGGUUAGAGAAGAGUUUGAUAUUAAGCAGCAUAUCGGAGAGAUCCAGGUUUCUAGCCGUCCUCGUUCAGCUACCCAAGGAAGAAGCUAUUCCAAGGCCUCAACAAAGAUUGUCAAAUCUCAAGUAAAUCCUAGUAGUUUCGAAAAGAUAAAAUUAUUGGGUAAAGGUGAUGUGGGAAAAGUUUAUCUCGUCAAGGAAAAGGCUUCCAACAAACUUUAUGCAAUGAAAGUCCUCAAUAAGAAAGAAAUGAUUGAGAGAAAUAAGAUUAAAAGAGUACUCACAGAACAAGAAAUUUUAUCCUCAAGUAAUCAUCCAUUCAUUAUUACUUUAUAUCAUUCAUUCCAAAGUGAAGAUUAUCUUUAUCUUUGUAUGGAAUAUUGCAUGGGAGGAGAGUUCUUCAGGGCACUACAAACAAGAGAGAACAAGUGUAUUCAUGAAAAUGAUGCCAAAUUUUAUGCUUCUGAAGUUAUUGCUGCCUUAGAAUAUUUACAUUUAAUGGGUUUCAUAUAUAGGGAUUUGAAACCUGAAAACAUCUUGUUGCAUCAGUCAGGACACAUCAUGUUGAGUGAUUUCGACUUGAGUAAACAGAGUCAAUUGAAACAGAAUCCCAUAAUGAACGAUUUGAAAUUGGAUACCAAAAAAUGUAUUGAUGGAUUCAGAACCAAUUCAUUCGUGGGUACAGAAGAGUAUAUUGCCCCUGAAGUUAUCAGAGGUAAAGGUCAUACAUCCCUAGUAGAUUGGUGGACUUUGGGUAUCUUCAUAUAUGAAAUGAUUCAUGGAACUACACCUUUCAAAGGAGCCGAUAGGAAAAAGACGUUUUCAAACAUUUUGAAGAAGGAUGUCAGAUUCGAAGGUAAAAAUGUCUCUUCUCAUUGUAAGAGUCUCAUAAAGAAGUUAUUGAUCAAAGAUGAAAAUAAGAGACUAGGAAGUAAAAAUGGUGCGUCAGAUAUAAAGAACCAUAGUUUCUUCAAAAAUGUUCAAUGGGCUUUACUCAGAAAUCAACAACCUCCAAUGAUCCCUGUUCUCAACAAAAGUCCAAGCAAACCUAGAAAGAUUGAGAGCGAAUUCGAAUCAACUAAUGUGAAGUCAUUCGAAAGCACAGGCGACGAUCCUUUCCAAGAUUUUAGUUCCAUUUCAUUAUUCUAUAACGAAAGUUCAGACCAAUAUUUUAACAGUUCCAUUUACUCAAGUGUUGCUUACACUAUGACUACGAGUCCCAAAAAAGGUAUUUUCAAAUAG